CACUCACACAGGAAGCAUCAGCCUCCACCUGAUCAUGCAGACACAAAGAAACAGGAGAGGAUAUAUACAACACUUCAUAAACUGUAAGCAUCUGUGGCUGAAUGAUCUGAAAAAGCUCGCUCAUGACUUGAAGAACCCGUAUCUCCUAAAACAAAACGUCCCUGAAUACCCCCGACCCGAGUUUCACGUGUCUCACCUGAAACACGACACAGAGCGAGGGGCUUUAUGUUGGAUCAGGACAGACCGCGGCUUCAAGGAUCCUCACAGAGGCUUCAGGGAUCCACACAAAUGGUCCCUGGUGUGGUGGAGUCUGGCUGUGGGACCCGAGGAGAUCCAGGCGGCCGAGACGAGGCUCCUGGAGAAGACCUACCCAAACCGGACGGAGGAGCAGGCUGCGAAGCAGCAGAGCUUCCUGUGGAGAUUUGCCUCCUCUCCGGCCUUCAGUGAGAAGUCCAGGUAUGGAUCGUACCGCUUCACCUUCCCCCUGCAGGACGUGCUGACCGCCUACAGCAAGCAGUUUUGCUUCGGAGCUCCGCCCAUCAUGAGAGUGUUCAGGACCUGCCUGUUCAAAAAGAAAGUGCAGUACUCUGUGUUGGUCCACAGCCCAGCCAAUCGCGAGCUGUUCUCCGAGUUUCCAUUACUUCCUGGUAAUGACCCGAACGCUGUCUGCGCGUACAGAGACGGGCGCUUCAUCUGGCGGUCGGAGGCCAUGUGUGAGACGCACAGGUACGAGCUGAUCCACAGACCUGAUGCAAGUCAGAUGGACUCUCUGGAGCUGUUUGGACAGCCUGAGUUUUAUCUUUGGGAUAAUGUUGCCGUCGCCCUGCAUGUGGAGAACGGACAGGUACUGAAGUUUGAUUCUGACCAACUGAGAGAGAACCUGAAAUUCUGUGAGCCAGACAGACCCACAAUCACACCCAACUUCUAUUUUGAUCAUUUUGAAAAUGCUAAAAUCUUGGUUAACCAAUUGUGGCCUGACUCAGACUCCCUGCUGGAGGAGGAGCCUUCACUCGAGCUCAGUUUCAAAGCGCUCUUUCUUUCCAUGAGAAAACCAAAGAGGAUUAAAGACUUUACUGAAGUUUGAAGCCUGCCUGCAGUGAGACGACGCCUCCAGUUUAAACUCUGUUUGUUUGCUGUUCUGUAUUUUAGACCAACCAAGCGUAUUGUUUGAUAGCGGUGUGGUCACAGCUUUAGAAAAGGCGCAUUCAUGGGGUUUGAACCUAUGAAAUCAUACUUUGUUGUGUUGUUUUAACCUUUGGUGAGAUAAGAAAGGUACGCUCCUUUCUCAGAGUGGGUGGAGCAUCACAGUGCUGCACCUGAAACCACAGCAGAGGUCGGUGGUGUCGGUGUGACGGGUGGAUUUAUGUGACGUGUUCAUGUACCCAAAGUUUAAUGUGAGAUAUUUCUGUAUUUUGCAUUGACAAAGUGAAAGCUGUUUUUGUUUUGUAUCUGAAACACAAAGAUGACUUUAUUCAUUUAUUCAUGCUUUGAUCCAAACAGGUUUAAACCUGAUUUUUGUAAAGAACACGCUCUUCUCUGUGGAGACGCUGACCAGAAAUAAGUCAGCCUGUUGGGUAAACCCUUCAACAUUUCACCUGUACAAAAAUUACAUUGAUGUUACCACACGUCAUUC